AUGACUAUUCCAGCAACAAUUGAUGCUGCAUUUUUUGCCACUACACCUCUAACUAGUCUUGCAAAAGUAUUAGAUUCAAUUCUUUAUACAUAUCAUAUAACAUCAUUUCCACUUUAUUUGAUUACAUUUAAGGAUUUUCGAUGGGAAUUUAUCAAGAUGAUUACUUGCAAGAAUAACAAUCGAAGAAUUGUACCGGCGCAAGUUGCUAUUGUUAUAGCAAGGACACCCAAUCAAUUAUGA